UGCUUCUACAAGGAGCUGUACAAAGGUAUUGUUUUCUUUUUCAUUUUUGUGACCAUGCACUUGUCUAUAUUAUUCAUUUUAAUAAAUUUCUUCAGGAUUUUGUGAUAAAUUUAAAAGAUCAAGGCAGGCCAUUGAUCUACUGUUGAAUUUGUUGAGUCUGUUAUAAAUUUCCUAAUCUGCAUGUUGCAAUCAAGUUUUGCUGCUUGCUAAGCGGUUGCCACUUGCCAGUGCAUGUAUUCUGAAAUUUCUCUAAUUCUAUAGUGCUUAACGACUACAGAUUUUGGAUGAGAUGAUGGAUAAUGGUUUUACACUCACAACUGAGCCAAACAUCUUGAAAGAGAUGAUCACCCCACCUAAUAUUGUGAACAAAAUGUUGAAUGUUGUUACUGGCAAGAGUUCUACCCUUGGCAGCAAACUUCCAGAUGCAGCUGCUUCUUUUGUACCUUGGCGAAGAACAACAGUCAAGGAUGCAAGCAAUGAAGUCUAUGUUAACAUAGUCGAGGAACUUGAUGCAUGUGUGAACAGAGAGGGGGUUCUUGUGAAAUGCGAAGCAUACGGUGAAGUCCAAGUAAACUGCAGCCUCCCAGGUGUGCCAGAGUUGACCAUGUCCUUUGCUAACACUGCAAUUAUCAAUGAUGUUACCUUCCACCCCUGCGUCCGAUUCAGGCCUUGGGAAUCAAAUCAGAUCCUAUCAUUUGUUCCUCCCGACGGGCAGUUCAAGCUCAUGAGUUACAGGGUUCAGAAACUGAAGAAGACACCGAUCUAUGUGAAACCACAAUUAACAUCAGAUUCCGGGAACUGCCGCGUUAGUGUGAUGGUCGGGAUUCGAAAUGAUCCUGGGAAACCUAUUGAUUCGAUAACAGUGCAGUUCCAGUUGCCCCCUCUUAUUAUUUCUGCUGAUCUGACUCAAACUAUGGCACGGUUGACAUCCUUGCCGACAAGGUUAGUGUACUUCCUACCAUAAGUUCCACAGUAACUC